AUGCCUUCAGCUCAUGUAAAGAAAAAUCAUCUAGCAAGCUGUAUGAUAGGUGAUCCAUCAGCUGGGAUGCAGACCAGAAGGAAAGAUAAGAUUGACUAUUUGAAGAUGGUUGCUGAUUUGUGUUAUAUUUGCACCAUUGAACCUUCGACUGUUGACUCUGCUCUCAAGGAUGAGUAUUGGUUAAAUGCAAUGCAAGAGGAGCUACUGCAAUUUAGACGAAAUAAUGUCUGGACGUUAGUCUCAAAGCCAGAAGGUGUAAACGUUAUUGGCACCAAAUGGAUAUUUAAAAAUAAGACUGAUGAAACUGGAUGUGCGACGAAAAAUAAAGCCAGAUUAGUAGCUCAAGGGUAUACUCAAGUUGAAGGUGUUGACUUUGAUGAAACGUUUGCUCUUAUUGCUCGACUUGAAGCCAUUUGA